AUGUCAGCUACGAACGUCAAUCACUCGUUGCUUCGCGCAGAAGCUCUACGUCGAUUAGAAAAUGAACUCAACGACAUGGUCAUGACGGGAUAUAUAAAUAUCCCACCUACUCACCAUUUUCAGCUGGAUGAAGAUGGUCUUCCCAAAGUGACCCCACGACCAAUCCCUCAAGUGUCUUCAGAACGACUAUCUCAGAUCAAGAGUUACAUCAAAGAAAACCUCCAGCACCAAUCAACACAUUGGAAGCACACAGUUGACUGGCUCGACAACUUGGAAACAUCUGCAUCACACGAGGAGCUCUGGACGGCAAUUAGGGAGUGUCAUGAUAAAACUAUGGAAGACUACACCUGGCUAGAUCAUGUACUGCGGACUCUCGAACUUCAGCCAUGGAGACUUUUGCUCUUUGAUAUCAAAGACAAACUUGCUCCAAGCAUCGGCCGUAUUGUUGGCACAUGCGAUGAAACAAGCAACUCGGAAGACAUCGCUUCCAUCGAACUCGGAAAGCUCAUUAACCAACAUUAUGGCAUCUACGUCUUGAUUUCUGUAAUCCACAGUUGCUAUAGCAAGGCUAUAAACAUCAACAUCCUCAGGGAAAGAAAGUUGCAGGGAACCAGAGUUGCACAAUGCCUGCGGCUUUUGAUCAAUGCAGUUUCGCAUGCCAACCCCGCGCACAAUCUUGAUGCAGAAGUGUUUCUGUCUCUAAAGAAUAGGUGCGACGACAUCGCCAAUGGGUGUCGUGAUGGAUCUCCGGCCUGA